AUGCAGGAGCCAACCUACGAUCCCAGCCGUCCUAGGCCCGCUCUCUCGAUCAACUUUUCAUACAGGUUGUCCGGGAUCCCGAACAAAACCAUCGUCAGCCUGACCAUCAACUUCGGGCCCAAUAGCUCAACUCCCCCGCAUCGCCACGGCGGUGCCAACGUCGCAGCCUACGUUUUGAGUGGAGCCGUUUACAACAAAAUGAACAACGAGCCCAUGGAGGUGAUCAAGGAGGGUGGAAGCUGGUUUGAAGCACCGGGUUGUCAUCAUCGCAUCAGCGACAACGCCAGCGAGACCGAGCCGGCGACAGUGGUUGCGACCUUGAUCACGGAUACCGAGGCAUUUGAGCGGGAUGGCAUGGCAGCUCUGAUUCAGAUUGACGAAGAAUACCUAUAG